AUGUUUUCAAGAGGUGCCAAUGUUUUCCGAUUCGGGAUUAGUUUUAGAAGCUUUUUAACCUCUUCAAAGCAUUCUCCAAAAGUUGCCGUAUUAGGCGCUAGCGGUGGUAUAGGUCAACCUCUAUCACUGCUCUUGAAACAAUCACCCUUGAUUUCUCAGCUUUCACUGUAUGAUAUUGCUCAUGUAAAAGGUGUUGCCGCUGACCUCAGCCAUAUUGAAACUCAAGCUCAGGUGACUGCACAUCUUGGACCAGGAGAGCUUGCAGAAUGUCUUUCUGGUGCAAAUGUUGUUAUUAUUCCCGCGGGAAUGCCUCGUAAGCCUGGGAUGACGCGCGAUGAUUUGUUCAAUACCAACGCAUCUAUUGUUGCAGAACUUAUUGACUCGUGCGCUAAAAAUUGCCCGAAAGCAAUGAUAUGCAUAAUCACAAAUCCUGUCAAUAGCACUGUACCAAUUGCAGCUGAGAUUUUAAAACGCCAUAACGUUUAUGAUCCCAAGCGUCUGUUUGGAGUUACGACUCUUGAUGUUGUUCGAUCGAAUACCUUUAUUGCUCAGGCAAAAGAUCUUGCCGUGCGAAAGGUUUCUUGCCCCGUUAUUGGCGGGCACUCAGGUAUUACAAUUCUUCCUGUAAUAUCUCAAUGCAGUCCCCAUGUAUCAUUUCCACAGGAUGAAAGAGAAAAAAUUACCAAACGUAUUCAGGAGGCUGGUACUGAAGUUGUGGAAGCAAAAGCUGGAGCAGGUUCUGCUACUUUAUCAAUGGCUUAUGCUGGAGUAAGAUUCGCUGUCUCACUUUUAGAAGCCAUGAGUGGUCGAGCUGGCGUGGUGGAGUGUGCUUUUGUAGAAUCAGAUGUUACAGAAUGUGAAUUUUUUUCAACUCCUCUUGCACUUGGUGCUGAAGGUGUUGAAAAGAAUAUGGGUAUUGGAAAAUUAAAUGAAUAUGAAAUUGAGUUACUUAAAAAACUCAUCCCAGAGCUAAAAGCAAAUAUUAAGAAAGGCAAAGAAUUUGCAGCUAAAUAUACACCUAAAUGA